GAGGAGAAUGGAAGGAGGGGCCGGACGGCCCAGGCAGGCGCUCCCUCCGGCCACUCCCAGCGCAUUUGCUCUCCUCUUAAGAAAGUCCUUUUGGAGCUCGCGAGCAGCGCCCGCCGCCCUUCCAGCUGCUGGUGGAGGACAUGCUCGCGCCCUUCUGAGAGGCCCCAGCUCCGCCCGCGGCUCCAGCCCCAGGAGGAAAACCUUAGUGAAGCAGAGCCCGAGGACAAUGAUGUCUCCAGGGAUGCUCACUGCGCUCCUGCUCUGGGGCCUCCUGGGCUCUCUUCAUGCUCAGCAGCAACAAGAAAUCAUUGAUAUCAUCCCGUCGGAGAGAGUCAGCAACUGCCCAGAGAAAACCGACUGCCCCAUCAACGUGUACUUCGUGCUGGACACGUCGGAGAGCGUCACCAUGCAGUCGCCCAUCGACAGCCUGCUGAGCCAGACGCAGCAGUUCAUCCUGCAGUUCACCAGCGAGCUGAAGAACCAGCCCUACCGCGACCAGGUGGCGCUCAGCUGGCACUACGGCGGCCUGCACUUCUCCGACGACGUGGACAUCUUCAGCCCGCUGGGCAGCGACGAGGCCACCUUCAAGUCGAAGCUGCAGAACAUCCGCUCCUUCCGCCGGGGCACCUUCACCGACUGCGCCCUGUCCAACAUGACGCAGGAGCUGCGCAGGAGCCCGAGCAAGAACAACUUCGCCGUCGUCAUCACCGACGGGCACGUGACCGGGAGCCCAUGCGGCGGCGUCAAGCUGCAGGCCGAGAGGGCCCGUGACGCGGGCAUCAAGCUCUUCGCGGUGGCCCUCAACCAGAACAGGAACGAGCAGGGCCUGCGCGACAUCGCCAACCUGCCGCACGAGCUCUACCGCAACAACUACCUCACCGUCAAGGACGACCUGUCCGUGGACCAGGGCACCAUCGACAAGAUCAUCCAGGCCAUGAAACACGAAGCCUACUCAGAGUGCUACAAAGUGAGCUGCCUGCAGAUUCAGGGUCCCGCUGGACCCAAGGGUUAUCGAGGACAGAAGGGUGCCAAGGGGAACAUGGGGGAGCCCGGGGAACCUGGACAGAAAGGGCGACAGGGGGACCCAGGCAUCGAGGGCCCAAUCGGCUUCCCAGGCCCCAAGGGUGUCCCCGGCUUGAAGGGUGAGAAGGGCGAGUACGGAGGAGACGGACGGAGGGGCGCCGCGGGUCUGGCGGGCAAGAACGGGACGGACGGACAGAAGGGCAAGCGAGGACUCAUCGGACCCCCCGGCUGCAAGGGAGACCCCGGGGACAGGGGCCUCGACGGCUACCCGGGGGAAGCCGGAAGCCCAGGAGAGCGGGGAGACCAAGGCAGCAAGGGAGAUUCUGGCCGCCCAGGACGCCGAGGGCCCCCCGGCCUGGAUGGAGAGAAAGGAAACCCGGGCUACCAAGGCAACAACGGAGCCCCCGGCAGCCCCGGGCUGAAAGGCGCCAAGGGUGGCCCCGGACCCCGAGGACCCCGGGGAGAGCAGGGCCGUAGGGGAGACCCCGGUGCCAAAGGCAGCCCCGGAAACGAUGGGCCCAAAGGAGAAAAGGGAGACCCCGGCCCCGAGGGACCCAGAGGCCUGGCAGGAGAAAUCGGAAACAAGGGGGCCAAGGGUGACCGUGGCAUGCCUGGGCCCAGAGGACCUCAGGGGAGCCUUGGGGAGCCCGGGAAGCAGGGAUCACGCGGUGACCCCGGGGAUGCUGGUCCCAGAGGAGAAUCAGGACCUCCAGGACCCAAGGGGGACCGAGGGCGCCCUGGCUUCAGUUACCCCGGGCCGCGUGGAGAGCCGGGAGAAAAAGGCGAGCCUGGCCCCGUUGGCCCCGAGGGCAGCAGAGGAGACUUUGGCACCAAAGGCGCCCCCGGGAGAAAGGGGGAGAAAGGCGAGCCGGCGGAUCCCGGCCCCCCCGGAGAGCCCGGCCCCCGAGGACCCCAAGGAUCUCAAGGCCCCGAGGGCGAGCCCGGACCCCCCGGAGACCCCGGCCUGACGGAGUGUGACGUCAUGACCUACGUGAGGGAGACCUGCGGCUGCUGCGACUGCGAGCGGCACUGCGGCGCUCUGGACAUCGUGUUCGUCAUCGACAGCUCCGAGAGCAUCGGCUACACCAACUUCUCCCUGGAGAAGAACUUCGUCAUCAAUGUGGUCAACAGGCUCGGCUCCAUCACCAAAGACCCCAAUUCGGACACAGGGACCCGCAUCGGGGUGGUCCAGUACAGCCACGACGGCACCUUCGAGGCCAUCAAGCUGGACGACGGGCGCAUCGGCUCGCUGGCGCAGUUCAAGGAGGAGGUGAAGAAGCUGGAGUGGAUCGCGGGGGGCACGUGGACGCCGUCGGCCCUGAACUACACCUACAACGAGCUCAUCAAGGGCAGCCGGCGCAAGAAGACGCGCGUGUUCGCCGUGGUCAUCACCGACGGGCGCCACGACCCGCGCGACAACGAGCAGUCCCUGAAGGCCCUCUGCGACAAGGUGGAGAACGUGGUGGUCACCGCCAUCGGCAUCGGCGACAUGUUCAACGAGCAGCACGAGAGCGAGAGCCUGACGUCCAUCGCCUGCAACCAGCGCGGCCGCGUGCGCAACAUGACGCUCUUCUCCGACCUCGUGGCCGAGAAGUUCAUCGACGAGAUGGAGGAAUUCCUGUGCCCAGACCCGCAGAUCGUCUGCCCCGAGCUCCCCUGCCAGACAGAUGGGGAGCCACCUAGCGGCGAAAUCCCAGUUACUUUCCUCCGCACAGAAGAAGGGCCCGACAUAUCUUUCCCCAGGACCAUCCCCUUGAUCGAACAGUUGCUAAACUCCACGAAGCACACCCAGGACCCCGCGGCGUACUCCAAGCUGGUGGCGGUCUUGGUCUAUACCGCUGAGCGAGCCAAGUUUGCCACUGGAGACGAGCGGCAGGACUGGAUGGACUUGUUCAUUGACACCUUUAAGAUGGUGCACAGGGAUAUUGUGGGCGACCCAGAGACUGUGCUGGCACUCUGCUGACGCAGGACCUCUAGUGUGCCAGGCGUCCAGAGUCAGGCUAUGUCAUGUACGCCGGAGCUACUUAUCUCAUCCCUCCAUCCAUCCCUCACAACAAUAUGGCGGCAGCAAGGUUUACAGCUUGAUCUGGGCACGAGGGGGAAGGCGAGUCAGCCAGGGGAAGGAAUUCUGUAUUGGCGAAUGCUUGGGAAAUCUGCUCUGCCCACGAUUCUGAAUGAGCCUGGAGGAUGGGUGAGAUAACGAGUCUAGGCUGUGCAUUGCAUCGUGAUGAUAUACACCCUUGUCUAGAGUAUAUAGGGACCAAAGUGUGAUUACAUAGGCAGGAAGCAUCUCUAAAUGGCAUGGAAAAAAUUCCCCAACAACAUCAUUAAAUAAGCUACUGUUUGCCCCAUGACCGAGGGACUGGCUAGAAGGCCAGCUCCACCUGGACACGACGUGCAGCUCUGAUGCGGGAUAAUAUUUAUUCAAUAAACCAGGGCAAAGGAGCGAGCCCCUUACUGUGCCCCACGCUUCAGAUUCCAGCUUUCAAACCAGGGCUCCUUUUCUCAGAUCCAGGAUGCUUAGGCACACACCUUGGACAGAUGAGGAAUGAGGUCCCCAUCUGGCUGGUCCAUCCAACAGGUGUCCGGCAACUUGAAAAGAGCCCUUCACCCAGAUGCCAGUCAACGUACUUGUUGUACUGUGGGCAUAGCCUGGAUCUUGGGUGACGAGAGUCCCCUGACCACUCCCCCAGCCCAGUGUGGCUGCCGUGACCAGGAAAUGCCAAAAGCCUCUGCUUUGGCCAUGAUUUAGUGGGUAUUUAAGGCAGACCUUUCACUCCGUCGUGCUCAGACUAGAGUAGCAGCCAUGAAAAGGAGGACUCGCUUUCCAGUGCUAAGCAUUCCUCCAGGAGCCCCACUGGCCCACGUUUGUAGAUAUUCAGGCAAACUCAGUUCCUUCUGGAAGACAGUAGGUGCCGCCGUGGUUCAGGUUCGACCAUGUUGCUUGUCUUUGUAUCCGCUGUCCACCUGGCUUUCACUGCGACUGUCUGUGAAUUGUUGUGUUGAGCUCUUUUUGCAAUUUUACUUUCUUGGUGCCAUCCUUGAGACUUGCGCAACCUCCUUCCUCUAAGAGGAGGGUCCCUGAGAGGCCACCAGAGCUCUGGCCACCCCAUCAGUGCUAAUGGUGGUCACCAUCUUGUCACCUCCGUGGUCAGCCCUCAUGACCUGCUGUGGCUCCCAGAAUGAGCCCCUAGUCACAAGCUCCUCUCACCUUAGACAAGACAUGAAUGGACCCUAUUGGGAUGGGCUCCGCUGGGUCCAUUGCCGGCCCUGGAUUCGAGGCCUUGCCAGUCUGAGUGGACUUGCCAGAGCCUGAGCUCCACUGAGCUAGCCGCCCGGAUCGUCUCCAAGCUGGGAGGAGGCUUCCACGUGGUGGACCUCACAGAGGCGGAGGGACCUCCAAUCCGAUCCACGCCUGCCUGAGACUCCUUUCCAGAAUGUCCCCAACAAGUGGACCUCCAGCCCUCAGUGGGAGACCAGCGGGGAGGAGCAGCUCCGUCCCCUGGGCAGCAUUCAGUGAUAGGAGGCUCGUCUUCCGGCCCCCGUCUGCCUCGUGGCCGCCGUGGCCGCUGUGGCGGCCUCUGUUCUCUGCUCUCCGUUCUUCCUGCCCUGUGAGGCCGAGCAGAGCAAGGCUCGUCCCUCCUCCGUCCUGACAGACCUUCAGACGCUUGAAGUCGGCUGCCAGACUCGCCAAGGCCGGCAUCCUCAUUCCCUUCUCGGUGCAGGUGCUGAAGGCUUGUGGGUCCCCCGGAAGGUCCCCUGCUUGUCAGUUGUAAGAAAGGAAGCUUCAGAGAAGGCUUACCAGGGGGGGAAUCGGGGCAUCCGAGGAGCGGCGCUCCCUCGGGGGACUCCUCUUCAUGCCUCCUUUGCCUCCGUGUGCCUUUGUAUGUGAACCUCUGUCUUGUGUAUGUUCCGUGUACAUUAACAUGCUGACAAACUGCUGAUGACGGC